CGCCGGGGCGGGCGCGGAGCUGGCGAGAGCGCGGUGGAGGCAGCGCCGACGGGGCCCGCUGAGGCGCGCGGGGUAUCGGCGGCGCCCGGGAGCCUGUCGCUUGCGCGGUCCCUCCGGUUCGCUGGGUCCGGGCGGGAGCCCCUACGGCGGGAGGCAGCAUGUCGGUGGCGGGGCUGAAGAAGCAGUUCUACAAGGCGAGCCAGCUGGUCAGUGAGAAGGUCGGAGGGGCUGAAGGGACCAAGCUUGAUGAAGACUUCAAAGAGAUGGAGAAGAAGGUGGAUGUUACCAGCAAGGCUGUGACAGAAGUGCUGGCCAGAACCAUUGAGUACCUGCAGCCCAACCCAGCUUCACGGGCCAAACUGACAAUGCUCAACACGGUGUCCAAAAUCCGAGGGCAAGUGAAGAACCCUGGCUACCCGCAGUCAGAGGGCCUGCUGGGCGAGUGCAUGAUCCGCCACGGGAAGGAGCUGGGCGGCGAGUCCAACUUUGGGGACGCCCUGUUGGACGCAGGGGAGUCCAUGAAGCGCCUGGCAGAGGUGAAAGACUCCCUGGACAUAGAGGUCAAGCAGAACUUCAUCGACCCCCUGCAGAACUUGUGCGACAAAGACCUGAAGGAGAUCCAGCACCACCUGAAGAAGCUAGAGGGCCGCCGCCUGGACUUUGACUACAAGAAGAAGCGACAGGGCAGGAUUCCCGAUGAGGAGCUGCGCCAGGCCCUGGAGAAGUUCGAAGAGUCCAAGGAGGUGGCUGAGACCAGCAUGCACAACCUCCUGGAGACUGAUAUCGAGCAGGUGAGCCAGCUCUGCGCGCUGGUGGAUGCCCAGCUGGACUAUCACCGGCAGGCCGUGCAGAUCUUGGACGAACUGGCCGACAAGCUCAAGCGAAGGAUGCGAGACGCCUCCUCUCGCCCCAAGCGGGAAUACAAGCCCAAGCCUCGGGAGCCCUUCGACCUGGGGGAGCCUGAGCAGUCCAAUGGGGGCUUCCCCUGUGCCACAGCCCCCAAGAUUCCAGCUUCGUCAUCUUUCCGAUCUUCUGACAAGCCCAUCCGGACCCCCAGCAGGAGCAUGCCACCCCUGGACCAGCCAAGCUGCAAAGCUCUGUACGACUUUGAGCCUGAGAAUGCCGGGGAACUGGGCUUCCACGAGGGUGACGUCAUCACGUUGACCAACCAGAUCGACGAGAACUGGUACGAGGGCAUGCUCCACGGCCAGUCGGGCUUCUUCCCCCUCAGCUACGUGGAGGUGCUGGUGCCCUUGCCUCAGUGACCCCGUCAGCCCGGUCCAGGUGGCCUGCAUCCCACCUGCCUCUGCAGCCAGGGCUGAGCCUGCCUGCGCUCCUGGGGCCACUGGGGAAGGCAGGCCCCGCUGGGGCGGCCAGGGGGCGGGGGGCCCGGGGGGCAGGGGCCCGCUUCCACUAGCAGUCACCCACAGUCCCCUUUCCAUGCAGCAGUCCAGGGCCUAGGGAGUAGGUUUCCUGCCCAGGGCCCCAAGGGGCUAACACUAAGGUGCUCUUAGAAACACUAACUUCCUCCCACCCCCCAGGAAUACCUCUCCAGGAAUGGGUAACUCCAGGUGGGCCCCCCUCCCUCCCUUCCUCCCACACACAUGUGCACACAUACCCUGUCCUGUCCCUCCCUCCUCCCCUCUUUUGGGGUCCCCCCACCCGCCAGGAGACCUGCCCUUAACAGCAUGAGCUGGAACAUCUGUGCCACUGGCUGUUCCGAGUAGGAUCCCUGGCCAGGACUCACCACCCUGCCUUUAAGUUACCUUCCAACACUCCUUCCUGGCCCCAACUCCAGGGCUCCCCAGGCCCUGGCACACCCACAGAUGCCACCUCCCUGGGGAGAGACAAUCCUGGGGUUCUCAGGGUUCCCCUAAAGACCAGCCCUGUCCUGAGCAGCCCUUGAGCUGCUGUCGUCUCUCCCUGCAGGGCACUGAGCCCUGCACACCAGUGCCCUCCACCCUGUCCCGCACCCCCUCCUCUGUUCCCACAUGUAGGGUACCCCACCCCAGACAAGCACACGGAACGUUUCUCUGGCAUGAGCUGCCACCACCAGCUGUGCACACGGCACUCACGUGUGCACCACAAACAGGACCACAGGAGUCUUCCAGCCUCUGCUCUGCUGAAGGUCAAAUAUAAAGGCUUUGAUGAGUGAAUGUUCCCAGACCCCUGGUUGCUGGGACUACCCCUCAGGAGGGUCACAGGCACCUUCCCCAUCCUAAGCCGUGGCCGUAGCCAUCUCCCUUCAGACCAAGGCAGGCAGCUGCCCUGACCAGCAGAGCCCAGCCCUGCUUCCACUUCCUGUCUUGCCUCAUCCAAAAAUUGGCUAAACCGGGGGACUUCGGGACUGGAUCACAUUCCCCUCCUCUGAUGACCCAGCAAAGCCCCGGGGACACCAAGCUCUGCUCCUGAGGCCACCCCCCUCAUUGCCAUUCCAUGAGGGAUGCACGUGCAUCCCAGCUAAGAUGAGCAGCGUAGCCUUGGUCACAAUCGAGGGCAGGUUGAAAUGUAAUCCUGAAUUUUUUUUAAGAAAAGUAUUAAAUGUCUCUUUCUACAA